CACCGAUUUACAAAACAAUUAAAAAUAAAGUUAAGUUUAGAAUUAAAUCAGGCCCUUUAUGACGUGUUGAGAUCAUUAUUUGGGCCAGUGAUUGUGAGCUAAUGACAUGACAUGAAUUGUCAAAAUGUGACUGCUUUCACCUUUGUAUGUUUUCAGUAAACAGGGUCAUGCUAUUUUUUUUUUUUUUGCCACAAUCCACUAUAUGACUGAUUACUUAUGGUUAGUGACAUCUGUCACGUGACACUUAAAUCGCAGAUAUUGGAACAUGGGUUUGUGUACAACCAUAAAAUACUAUUAAAAUCAAUUUUAAACUGUCGAGGCAAAAUAUCACAGGGUAUGUUCAGUGUUAACAUUGUAUACAGUCAUUGUGCUGCAUGUGGAAGUUAAAACAGUUAUAGCUGUAGGAAAUAUCAAAACAGUAAAACUGGACAUUUCAAGUUUCUACUAAUAUCCAACGGCCUGUAGUUGCUGAUUGAUGUGUUUAAAAUAGGCAAAUACGUUUAAAGAGAGUCAUGUAACAUUAAGUACUAAUCUGACAAGUUAUUGUAAUAUGGAGUUCAUUUUGCUCAUUUUCAAAUGUGGGUACACUGUAUUAUGGUUAAAAAUAUACAUAUUACUAUAAUACUAACAUGUACCACAGGCUACCAAUUUAGUGUUUGCAAUAAUUGUAAAACGAAAAGGACCAUGCCAUGUUAGAUGAAGCACUUAUUUGUCAAAAAUGCCGACUCCUGUAGCCGUGGCGAAAACAAGAUAGAUUAUAUUUAAGUGGCAUAAACAAUUGAGGACUGUAAGGUAUCUGGUUCGCACUCAGCCCCUCUGGGUUUCACAACCGUUUUAAGUAAUUCUGCUGUUUUCAUUAGCAUUAUUGCCUCUUUCAGGUCUUCCAUGAUUGCUGUGGAUUAGGGGUUACUAUUUUCAGUUUUUUUAGAUGGCUCAGAUUGUAGUGCACUGAUGAAAGUUUCCACUGUGUCAUGUGUUGCACACAACAUUAAUAAUCCCUUUUACAUUUAUGUUAAUAUGCAAUGAAAAACACUAUAACUAGAUACUUUUUUAAUUGUGGAAUUGGUGUCUGUUGUUUCGUGGGAUUUAUAACAGAGUAGUAGUUUUGCAAGAGAAAGCACUUCUGAUUAUUAUUUUGUUUUUUUGUAAAAGAUGGAUUACCUCCAAAUAGCAGAUGAAGUUGUCCAGAAGAUUUGGUCAUAUAACCAAGAUGAUUCAGGGUGGAAAUUGGCCAAGAAUUCAAAGAAUGUCACUGUGUCCUGGAAGCCAUCCAACGAAUAUGCAGGAAACCUAUAUCGUGGAGAGGGUAUAAUAGAAGAUACUCCUGAGAAAAUCAUUCCCUUCAUGUACUUGCCUGAAUACAGGAACAAAUGGGACACAGCUGUGAAGUCCUACACAUUCUUAGAGAGGAUUGAUCAGGACACUGUGAUAUCUCACACUGUUACCCACAGUUAUGGACUGGGACUAAUUUCCUCAAGGGAUUUUGUUGACCUCAUCAAUAUUAAAAGAUAUGAAGGGGGCAUUGUAACGACCAACUCUGUGAGUGUGGAUUACCUGAAAUGUCUUCCAUCUCCAUCUCAUGUACGUGGACACAACAACCCCUGUGGAUACAUCUGCUCCCCGUUGCGAGAGGCUCCAGGGCAUUCUAAACUAGUGGUGUUUAUCCAGCCUGACCUUGGAGGCAUGCUACCGCGAUCUGUAGUGGAGUCUGCCAUACCGAACAACAUUGUCAACUUAAUCAAUGACACACGAACAGGAAUAAAAGCAAUGUGCUAGUACUGGGAAAAAAAAAAAAAAAAAAAAAACAUUGGGUGGAGGAACAAAUCACAGUCAUUCCAUAGCCACCAGUUUCACAUGCCAGAGGGAAUAAUAAAUGUGGCCUUCUGGCUUCUGUAACUUAAAAAAACUGCAAAAAAAAUGGACUCAGAAUUAAUAAACCAAUUACUGUUUCCCAACAAAACGUAUGUUGCCAGAGGAGACAUAACUGAGCGUCUACACAACAGGGGUUCCAAAACUAAGAGCCACGGGAUUGUUUCAGGGGCCAAAUGACCUUGAUAAAGCGAUGUUGCCCAGACCAGGGGGUCAAUCAGUUUACACGAAUGCUGCUGUUAGGUGCACUAAUAUAAGCAAUUAUAUCAGUGCACUUUUUAAUUAUUAUAUACAUUUUAUUUUAUUAAAUAAAUAAAUGCAGUAUUUCUGCCAACGUAUGGCUUCUUUUACAUAAAUAAAAUAAACCAUACUGCUCCCGCUUACAUUUACAAGCAGGUUGCAGUCAGACAGUGUAUUGAAUACACUUUAAACGCAAAUGCGCACGUUUAUUUUGCAAACACAGAACAGACAACAAACAAAAACACAUUAACACAACUAAAGGCUUUUAUCAUCUCACUUUUGAUAAUAUAACAACUACUUUGAAAGCAUUUAAUAGUCACUCUACUUUGAGUUUUGCUGAAUACAUUUUUUUUUUAAAUGGUAAAGAUGCAUUAAUGUUUUUACAUGAAAUACAAAUUUUAUUACAAAGAAGUUUAUAAAAUAUGUAUGUACACACAUGCACAAUGCUGAUUAUUCAACGAAUUCAGCUUGGCAUGAAAUAUUUCAAUAAAUUGUUAGACUGAGUACUUUUGGCUAAAGUCUGUUUAAUUUCCUUGGCUGCUCUUGCUUUACCAAUAUGUUUAUUGACAUGGAUUUUAGAAACAGUUUCCUGUUGUUUCCACUUGUUUAACAGUUCCUGCUGAAGCUCUGCAGGCAGUUCUGAAAACACAUUUGGGUCCAAGUGGGAGGUAACCUGGUCUGCUGGAUUUACAGUCUGAAGGUCCUUUGGGUCUGUUUCCAUGCUGGAUGAACUGUGUGGCUCAGUGUGUUCUCCACUGCUACCAGCGACCUGUGUGCUGGAGUAGUCAAUAUUAUUUUGUUGGAUUUGUGCAUCUUGUCUGCAUUCAACUGACUAGGAGUUUGAACUCUCCGCUUCAGCUGUGGAAGAGAUUAAACUUGGACACUGUGGAUAAUGCCGCAGAAAGUGUGAAAUGUCACCUUUUGAGGCUGUCUUCUGGAAAAUCUUUUUUUUCUGCUUGUAAGCACUACUAGAUUUCCAGAAAGCUUUUGACAAAGUCCU